AUGAUUCUUUUGUUUCAGGUCCUAGGCUCUGAUACAGAAUGGCACUUUUCGCAUCGUGGGCUGCCACACGCCCGAACUCGACGAUCCAUCGCCCAUGCCCGAUUAUUAAAACGUCACCCUCUUGUCCACGCUGCAGUACAGCAAACGGGAUUUAAGCGAGUCAAACGCGGCUACCGGCCACUACGCUUACCGGAAAUAGAACCUGCCGCAGACCCUCGCGAUCCCUAUUUUCCUCUUCAAUGGUACUUGAAGAACACAGGACAGAAUGGUGGCAAGCCCAAGCUCGACCUCAACGUUGAGGCUGCGUGGGAGCAGGGAUACACCGGCAUUGAUGUCACCACUGCUAUUAUGGAUGACGGUGUUGACUACAUGCACCCGGAUCUAAAAUAUAACUAUAACGCGGAAGCUUCGUAUGACUUCAGUAGCAACGACCCGUUCCCUUACCCAAGAUACACUGAUGAUUGGUUUAACAGCCAUGGAACCAGGUGCGCAGGGGAGGUAGCCGCAGCUCGUGACAACGGGGUUUGCGGCGUGGGCGUGGCAUACCAUUCUAAAGUUGCCGGUAUAAGAAUGUUGGAUCAACCCUACAUGACCGAUUUGAUAGAAGCAAACUCUAUGGGGCACGAACCAAAUAAAAUUCACAUCUACAGCGCCUCGUGGGGACCCACAGAUGACGGCAGAACUGUUGACGGACCCAGGAAUGCCACCAUGAGGGCUAUAGUUAGAGGAGUCAAUGAGGGUCGGAACGGGCUGGGCAAUAUUUACGUGUGGGCAAGUGGUGAUGGCGGUGAAGAUGAUGACUGCAACUGUGACGGUUACGCGGCCUCAAUGUGGACAGUUUCUAUAAAUAGUGCGAUAAACGACGGCCAGAACGCCCAUUACGACGAGUCCUGCUCCUCGACCCUCGCUAGUACCUUCAGCAACGGAGCUAGAGACCCCAACACUGGUGUAGCGACCACUGACCUGUAUGGCAAGUGCACCGCCACGCAUUCAGGCACUUCCGCCGCGGCACCGGAAGCAGCAGGAGUUUUUGCAUUGGCCCUACACGCUAACGCGAACCUCACAUGGCGUGACAUUCAACAUCUAACGGUAUUGACGUCUAAAAGGAACUCAUUGUAUGACGCAAAGGGUCGUUUUCAUUGGACAAUGAACGGCGUGGGACUAGAGUUCAACCAUCUGUUUGGUUUUGGAGUGCUCGACGCAGGUGCCAUGACGGCUUUGGCGGCGAACUGGCGAUCCGUGCCUCCUCGGUAUCAUUGCGAAGCUGGCUCUGUUAAAGCGCAUACUGAAAUACCGACAGAUGGCAGUGUGACUCUUCGCAUCGAGACCACGGCGUGUUCCGAGUCGGCAAGUGAAGUGCGAUACUUGGAACACGUUCAGGCGGUCGUUAGUGCUAAUGCUUCGCGACGUGGUGACCUCGAAUUCUUCUUAACAAGUCCAAUGGGAACUAGAUCAAUGAUACUAAGCAGGCGUUCAAAUGACGAUGACAUGCGAGAUGGUUUCGUCAAGUGGCCUUUCAUGACGACACACACCUGGGGAGAGUAUCCACAAGGCACUUGGACUUUAGAGGCUCGAUUCAACGGUGGUUCAGGACCCAGUUCAGCAUCAGGUUGGCUUCGGGGUUGGUCUUUAGUCCUUCACGGAUCCAAGGCGCCGCCCUACGCCCAGCUACAGCCCCAAGACCCAUAUUCCAAGCUAGCUGUCGUCAAGAAAGCACACGAAGACAACGCACAUACAAAAUAA